AAAGGAUGAAAGUAAUCACUUGUGAAAUUGCAUGGCACAAUAAAGAGCCAGUGUAUAGCUUAGACUUCCAGCAUGGGACUGACGGGAAGAUUAAUCGGCUGGCUUCUGCUGGAGUGGACACUAUUGUUCGUAUAUGGAAAGUGGAAAAAGGACCAGAUGGGAAGGCAAUUGUGGAAUUCUUGUCCAAUCUAGCUCGCCAUACCAAAGCUGUGAAUGUUGUACGUUUUGCUCCCAAUGGUGAGAUUCUAGCAUCUGGUGGAGAUGAUGCUGCAAUACUGUUGUGGAAGCUGAAUGACAACAAAGAGCUAGAGCCAGUUGCAUUUCAAGAUGACGAUGAUAACCAGCUCAAUAAAGAGAAUUGGACAGUAAUUAAAACCUUAAGAGGUCACUUAGAAGAUGUGUACGAUAUUUGCUGGACCCCUGAUGGAAAUUAUAUGGCGUCUGCAUCAGUUGACAACACAGCUAUAAUGUGGGAUGUCAAUAAAGGGCAAAAAGUUUCAAUUUUUAAUGAACACAAAAGUUAUGUGCAAGGAGUAACAUGGGAUCCUGUAGGACAGUACAUUGCAACUCUUAGUUGUGAUAGGGUGUUGAGAGUAUAUAAUACACAGACCAAGCGUGUGGCAUUUAAUGUUACCAAAAUGCCAUCUGGAGGAGGAUCUGAAGGAGAGGUGAAAAGCUAUCGAAUGUUUCAUGAUGACAGCAUGAAGUCAUUCUUUCGGAGGCUUACUUUUACUCCUGAUGGCUCUCUGCUUCUUGUUCCUGCUGGCUGUGUGGAAUCAGGAGAAAAUGUAACAAACACCACUUACGUAUUUUCUAGAAAAAAUCUGAAAAGGCCUGUAGCUCACCUGCCUUGUCCUGGAAAGGCAACGCUAGCAGUUCGUUGCUGUCCAGUCUACUUUGAGCUGAGAUCUACGCUUAGCAAAGAGGAUACUUCCCAGAAAAUUGGUCUAAUAAAUCUGCCCUAUCGGUUAGUUUUUGCUGUUGCUUCAGAAGAUUCUGUGCUUUUCUAUGACACACAGCAGUCAUUUCCUUUUGGUUAUGUAUCCAAUAUACAUUACCAUACACUGAGUGACAUUUCUUGGUCUAGUGAUGGAUCUUUCCUUGCUAUUUCUUCUACGGAUGGGUAUUGUUCUUUCGUGACUUUUGAAGAAGGUGAACUUGGAACACCACUGAAAGAAAAACCAGUUUUAAUAAUCAGAACUCCCAAUACAGUGGAGAAGAAAAUAAAAAAGGGUCAUUCCCCCAGUGUUGUUUCUCCAAUCCCCAAACCGGUAGAUGGAACUCCUCCCAAUAGAGCUAUGGAUCCAAGCAGCCCGACUGUGCAACCCAAGACUCCAGUAAAUGUUAAAGACUUGCCUUCAACUCCUGUUAGUGUUAGAAAUAUUCCAGUAUCUUCCUCAGAAGAAAAGAAACCCAUACAGCCUUCUGGCCACAGCUCUAAAGUAAACCAGCCCAGGAGGAUUACACUAAACACACUACAAGCGUGGAGUAAAGCACCAAGGAGGGUUGCUUUGAUUCCUCUAAAGACAGAUAUUCCCGACUCAGUAAAUACAGUCUCUGCACCUUCUUCAAUAGAAACAGAUCAACAUGAGAGGCCAUCAUCACCAGAGGACCCUCUGCAGAAUCCACCCGCAUCCAAGCGUCUUAAGACUGAUGAAGCAUGA